AUGGGAAAAAACUGGUUAACCUGUGUCUCCGUGUCUUGUUUAUCUCCAGGAGGAAAAGACAAAAAGCAACAAAAAUUGGAGAAAGAUAAGAAGAAAUGGUUUGCAAAACAAAAGAGUAGAGAAUCAAUUGAAUUCCCUGUGGAGGAGACUCCACCGAUUGACCCUUCAUCUUCCUCUAUUACUCGGCCGUCUCUUCCUCCUCCUCCUCCUCCGUUGCCGGAUUUUGCUCCUCAGCCUUUGUUGCCUCCACCUUCUCCUCCACCCCCUCCUCCUCCUCUUCCAGCAUCUACAAGUAAUAAACGUUAUGGUUAUUCCACAGAAGCAAAGACUAGACAAGCUCUGGCUCUUGCAUCAGCUGUUGCAGCCGAGGCAGCUGUGGUGGCUGCACAUGCUGCAGCCGAGGUUGUACGUCUCACCACGACCUCAACACAUCAAAUUCCUGAAUCAAAGGAGGAAGCUGCCGCGAUCAAGAUCCAAAAUGCCUACAGAUGUCACAAGGCGAAACGCACUCUGCGUAUGCUCCGAGGAAUGGCUAGACUCAAAACGUUGCUGCAAGGAAAAUACGUGAAGAGACAAAUGAACGCCAUGCUUAGCUCAAUGCAAACUCUUACACGUUUGCAAACACAGAUUCAAGAGAGGAGGAAUCGGUUAUCUGAAGAGAACAAAGCUCGUCACAGGUUGAUCGAGCAGAAGGGUCACCAAAAAGAUUACCAUCAGAAUCAGAAUUUGGUUAUUGCCGGAGAUUUUGAUUCCAGCAACAAAUCAAAGGAACAGAUCAAAGCAAAGGUUGUGAAUCGGAAAGAAGCUUCUGUGAGACGAGAGAGGGCUUUGGCGUAUGCUUACAGCCAUCAGCAAACGUGGAGAAACUCUUCAAAACAUCCACAUCAGACACUAAUGGACGCAAACACACCACACUGGGGUUGGAGCUGGCUUGAACGGUGGAUGGCUUCCCGUCCAUGGGAUUCUCAAUCAUACGACGAUCAAGCCUCCUUCCAAAGCUCUCACAAACGUGAAAACUCAAUCAAGACUUCUCCUGCUAGAUCUAAAACAAUAAAGUCAUCCAGCCAAAAAGCUAUCCAAUGGCCUACAAACAAUGAUUUCAAGAGCGAGGGGAUUAAUCGCAGGCACAGCAUCGGAGGUGGAUCAUCCUCUAACGUCAAAGAUGACGAGAGCGUUGGUAGCUCUUCGUCGCUCAGAAGUUCCUUUGGUAAUACCGAAACUGUGAAAGCCAAGGUUGGUGUGGAAACAACAAGCAAAAUGAGUAACGUGAAACUUGUGAAGAAACUCAAGGCCAGUGUGGGAACAACAGGAAACUUGGGUAACACUCAAGCAUUGAAAUCCAAGUCUAUUGUGGGAAAGACAGGAAACUUGAGUAAUACGCAAGCUUUGAAAUCCAAGUCUAGUGUGGGAAAGACAGGAAACUUGGGUGAUAUGGAAGCUCUGAAAUCCAAGGUUAAUGUCGGAACAACAAGCAACGUAGGUUUGCCAAAGACAAAGAUUGUUUCUGAUAAGAAGAAACCUCCGCAGAUGGUACUGCCAAAGAAGAGGCUUUCCUCUUCUACUUCUCUUGGGGCAACGAAGAAGGUGUCGUCGGAUUUGGAGAAAGCAACAACGGGUGCUGCAAAUGGAGAGAAAAAGAGAAGAAAUGGUGGAAGCAGUUAA